AUGGCUGGUAGCAAUGUAUUAGAAUACGAUUGUUUGGAUUAUCAUCGUCAAUAUCGAACAAAGCUUGCUAAUCAAGAUUUAUUCGAUAUCACUACUGAAUUGAUAUCAUUUUGUUUUCGUCCAAUGUAUCAAUCUAAUGAAACACCAGAGACAUUCGUUCACCCACUUGCUCGUCAACUUUCAUUUAAAAGCGUGAGUGACAUGGGCAUCACUCCAGAACAACUUCUGUCAUGGUCGAUUCCAAUGGUUGUAGUUGAACGUUAUCAACUUUAUUUGAGCAACUACAAGAUGGCAUUAAUGAAUGAGCAUUACUACAAUUGCACUCCUCCACAAUUUGGUAUGCGAUGCCAAUAUUCAUUUGGAUCUCGUCUCAAACAAGGCAUGUCAUUCGAGGAUCUUGUAGAUGCGACAUUUCGAAGUAAACAAUCGUAUGCAGAGUCAGAGGACGGAGUAACACUGUCAGCACCGAUACCAUGUUAUGUUCUAAUUGCAUGUCAUCGAAAUGGAAUAGAAUGGUGUCUUGAUUGGCGUGAAAUUUGUGAUGGAAUUGUGGAUUGUUUUGAUGAAGGCACCGAUGAAGAACAUUGUUUUGCAUUGGAAAUGAAUAAAUGCAAAAUAGAUGAAUAUCAAUGUCACAAUGGUAUGUGCAUUGCAGAAGAUCUCUGGGAUGGCGGCGAAGGUGACGCAGAUUGCUUGGAUCGAUCUGAUGAAAUUCUGGAUGCAUCUUAUUUGAAUAAGUGUUAUCAAGAUGUGUCAUUUCGAUGUGAACAACACUCCUGUCGGCCAAGUAAUAGACUAUUUGCAUGCGGUGAUAGUGACUGUGUGACAAGUUUUAAACCGUGCCAUAGUGGUCGACAUCACCUAUUGAUUAAUUCGACAUUACGGCAAGGUGAUUUGAAUGAAGAAUGUUGGGUGACAAUGGCCUGUUUGACUAAACUUAUCAAACAAAUCAACGGAAAAUCAUGCGAUAUGUGGUUAGCGAAUGACUCCGCUAGUACACAUCUUGCAGCGUGUCAUUCUUUCUUUCAAUUUCCAACGGUUGCAGUCUAUUCGAGUCAUGUUCGAUUUUACUAUAGCAAUGUUCAAUAUCGUGACAAUCUGACGAAUAAUUUUGUGCCUGACUACAUAUGUUACAACAGAGAACUUUGCGAGUUUAGUUCAUUUCAUCCAGGCCCUCAUAAUAAUCUUACUUGUGUGAACGAAUGGAAUGAAUGGCCAGAAUGGUAUAAUUUAGUUGAGAAUCCUUGGAGUCUAUUAGUACGAUGGGUCGAGGAAAAUUUUCGCUUUUGUUUCGUCUCGAAACAUUUUCUUAUAAAUGCAAUGACAGAUUCAAACUACUUCAACUUAUAUCAAUGUUUAAACUCGUCGAAAAUGAUUCCUUUCCGUCGCAUCAAAGAUAAUUUGAACGAUUGCAUCGAGGGUGAUGAUGAAUACCACCAAAAUAGUUGUUCUCUAAACGACCGACAUCGAAUCAGAUGCGGUGAAGCAAACGAGUGUUGGUCAUCGAUAUACAAAAAGUUUGCCUGUGAAUCGAGCAACGAACGAAGCAAAGAAAUUCUCCCAUUUCAAAGCUUUUGUGAUGGCAUCCGACAAUACUUUUACCACAACUUGAACAGACAAAUUCGAUUCGAUGAAUCUGAUUGUGAUAUCGAUUCGUUAUGUGACAACAUCUAUUCACGAUGUGAUGGAUUUUGGGCGUGUGACGAUGGACGUGAUGAAUGGAACUGUGAUCAAUUACCAUGUCCAUUAGGAAGUCAUCCAUGUAUCUCUCGUCACAACUACACAGUAUCAUGUCUACCUGGCGAUCGUGUCAACGAUAGUGUCGAUGAUUGCCUUGGAGCAACUGAUGAACAAGAAGAUUGCAUCGUAUUCGACUCGAACAACGGUCUUACUCGUCUUCGAUGUUUAGACAGUAACGAGUGUUUAGGAUCAUCACAAUUCUGCAACGGUAUAGUUGAAUGUCCACGCUAUGGAGAUGACGAAAAAUUCUGUGAACAUCAACGGUUCACAUGUCAUCAAAGCGCAUCGCACGAACGAAAUCAACUCGAACAAAUUCUUUGCAGCUUUAAUGAAGACAAUAAGCAUAGAAUUAGAUUCUUUUCGGUCCACACGUCAUCACCGUAUCCUGCUUCAACACAGCCAUAUAAUCACAAUGAUCACGCACAUUUGGGCGAAACCAAAAACGACAAAGGCCAAGAAGACUUGCUGCAAGUGAACACAAAUCAAACAUUCACAAAAGAAGAUCAACGUUGGUCACAUUAUUGUAAUCGUGGCAUAAUGAUUGAAAAACAGCUGAAUAAUCUAUCAUCAUAUGAAUGUUUAUGUUCAGCCAGUUAUUAUGGUAAUCAAUGUCAAUAUCAAAAUCAACGAGUUUCUUUAUCAUUGAAAUUAAGUUCAACCAAUCGAUAUGAAACUUAUGCAAUUGUCAUCUUAUUAGUUGAUGAACAAAACAAUCAAAUCACAACAUUUACUCAAUUUCAAUACAUUGCAAAACAAAGCUGCACUAUGAAAUGGCAUGGAGUUCUUUUGUAUCCAACAAGACCAAACAAUAUUUUAACAAAUUAUAGUGUUCGAAUUGAUGUUAUUGAAAAGAAUUCACUGAUUUACAUUGGCCAUUGGUAUUAUUCGAUUCCAUUUAUGUUUUUACCUGUGAAUCAGUUGGGUAUUGCAUUGAACUUAUCAUCGAAUGUGAUCGUAAGAAAAGCGAAAUGUGAUGAGAACUGUUUAGAUGGAAAACAAGAAUGCAUCGAAUACAUUAAUAUGAAAAACAAAUCAUUUUGUCGAUGGAUAACAGCUGAAUCAAAUGAAAAUAAAUGUUCCAGUCAAUCUCUAUUUAUUGGUUUGACAAACAAUCGUCAAUCGAUUUGUGUAUGUCCAUUGUUUCGACAUGGACCAAGUUGUACCUUAAUGACAUCACAAUGUUCAAUGAAUCUUUGUCAAAAUCAGGGUCAAUGCAUUGAAAAUGAUAAUGAAAAUGCAUUUGGAAGAAAAUAUACUUGUGUUUGCAACGACAAAUAUUAUGGUUUAAAUUGUGAAUAUAAAAAAUGGCAAUUAGAUGUUGCACUUGAAGAUAUUGAGAUUUCAUCUUAUCUCGUUGCACAUUUUUAUGCUAUUUCAAAUCAUUCAGAACCACAAAAAACAAUAAUUCUUCGAAAAUUAACACUCUUUCAACAUAUCGUAACAUUUCAUAUUUCAAUUCCAUUCCAUUUAGUUUUUAUUCAAAUCAAUCAUUAUGAUUUUUACCUUAUUUAUCUUCAACAUUUAUCAUUCAGAUAUACAUUAACACAAUUGAAUUCUAAACAACAAUGUCAUCCGGUUAGCAAUUAUCUCAAUUCAACAAUAUUAGAAUUACAUGAAUAUGAACGAAUACCUUAUUUUCAUCGCAUUUGUUUACAACAUCGAAAUUUGAUUUGUUUUAUUGAUGCAAUGUAUUUAUGUUUGUGUACAAAUGAUAAUCAUGCAAAUUGUUUACGAUUUCAACGAGAAAUGUACACUUCUGAAGAUCAUUUUCGAUGUUCAUUAAAUGAUCGAUAUUGUUUAAAUGAAGGUCAAUGUUAUCAAGAUCAUGUUUAUUGUCCAUCGACAAAGAUUUGUUCAUGUCCAAGUUGUUUUUUUGGUCAACAAUGUCAAUUCUAUGCGAAAGGUCUCGGUUCAACAUUAGAUGAAAUCUUAGGAUAUGAAUUUCUAGCAAAGAAAAAUCUUGCUUCUCAACCAUUUUCCAUUCGAUUAAGUGCUGGAAUAACUUUGAUUAUUUUUAGUUUUGGAAUAAUCAAUGUUAUCUUAUCAUACAUUGCAUUUUCACAACCGAAAGCACGUGAAGUUGGUUGUGGAUUAUAUUUAUUAGCAUUAUCGAUGACUUCAUUAUCGACGAUGAUAUUUUUCGUAUUGAAAUUUUCAUUAUUAUAUCUUUCCUAUCAAGAUGUGUCCAAUGUGGAAUUGAUUCUUACAAUCAAUUGUCGAUGUAUCGAGAUUUUAUUAAAAUUAUCGUUAUUUAUUGGUAAUUGGUUGAAUGCUUCUAUUGCAAUUGAACGAAGUUAUACAGCUGUUCAUGGUUUAUCAUUCAGUAAAAGAAGUCGACAAGUUGCAAGAAAAGUUAUUCCAUGGGUAUUUAUUUGUAAUAUUACAAUUCUCAUUCCUCAAAUGAUUUAUCUUCAUGUAUUUGAAGAUGAAAUGGAAGGAAGAAGUUGGUGUGUAAUUCAUUAUAAAUCGUGGUUAAAGAAAUAUACACUUGGAAUGACAUUUUUCAAUUAUUUUGGACCAUUAUGUAUUCAAAUUCUAUCAACAUUCGUCAUUAUUAUAGCCACAGCUCAUCAACGAUUAUCAUUACAUGAGGAUCAAAGUUUUCGAGAUCAGCUGAAAAUAAAGUUCAUUAAAUACAAACAACUUGUGAUUAGUCCAAUUAUUAUAACAAUAUUAACAUUACCUCAUUUGAUCAUUUCAGUUAUAUUAGAUUGUCGAAAAUCAUCUGAUUUAUUUAGCUUUUUUCUCAAUGGUUAUUUUCUUUCAUUUAUUCCUGCAGCAUCGAUUUUUAUCAUAUAUGUCAUCCCAUCUCCACUUUAUCGAGAACAAUUCAAUCUGCGUAUGAAAUAUUUUCAACGACGAAUCAGUCAAUAUUUGGAAAAGAGAAAAUGUCGAUAG